AUGGAAGACUUCAACACUCGCGAGUUGAUCCAGCAACUGCAAACCCAGAUCGAGGCACAAGCACAAACUAUACGGGAGCAACAAGAACUCCAGCGCAAACAGGCAGAGGAGCUGGCAGCGCUGAGGGCGCAACAACCACCGCCAGAAUUGUCAGCCUCUAAUCGGCAUGACAAUAAUGAGGGAAGCCACCAUGGAGGGCCGUCUGACCCAUGUGGUGGGGGCAAGAAAGGUCCCUCUUCCAUGCGUCUCACCAACUUGCUCCCAUUCACGGAGACCAUUAUGCAAGCGCACAUGCCCGAUAAACUUCCCCCAGCAUUGGACCGUUAUGAUGGCUCCGCCGAUCCCGAUAAUCAUCUGCGUAACUUUAUAGACGCCAUGGCGUUCUACACCGACAAUGACCCCGUCAUUUGCAGAGCUUUCUCCUUAUCUCUUAAGGAUGAGGCCUUGGAGUGGUUUCACACUCUUCCACGGAAUUCAGUAGAUUGUUUUGCAAUAAUUGAAACUCUAUUCCGAAAACAGUACGCGACCAAUAGAAAACCGGAGAUGACUGCUGCUGAGCUUGUGAAUACCAAGCAGGAGAAGGAUGAAACACUAAAAGCGUUCAUGCAACGCAUCUAUGGAAGAACUGCAAUCCACAAUCGCAAAAUCAUCCGCAUCGAGGAUCUCCGGAAUUCUCGGAAAAAGCAGCAGCAAGAUGCCUCCAACCAUGAUACAAAGAAACCCAACAAACGACCAACCAACGACUAUAAGCCAGACCGAGCACCUCGAAAAGAGUCGGGUUGGACGUCUAAAUACGAUCGUUACACGACCUUCAAUGCGCCGAGGGCAAAGGUGCUUGAAGAGGCUUUGCAUGCCGAACUCUUAACCGUACGGCGCAAAGCUACCCCAAAAAACGCGGACAAUAGCAAAGCCUGUCGUUUCCACAUGAACCAUGGGCAUGACACGGAGGAAUGCAAUAUGGUGAAGGACGAACUGGAACGACUUGUCCGCGCAGGCUACCUCCAAAAUUACAUCAAAGGCAGAGUCUCUAACAGAGCCGCCACUCCCCACCGAAAGGAUCCUUCCAGACAGAGUCCGGAACGAUCGCCUCCUAGGGACGACCGACGCCGCAGGAGAUCGCGUAGUCCCCCCCGGCGGACAGAGAGGGAACGCUCGGUCCGAGGUCGAAUCGACACCAUAUCUGGUGGUUUCGCCGGAGGAGGACCAUCCUCUUCAGCCAGGAAACGAAGUUUGAAGCAGCUGAAUUCAGUACAUAUGGUCGACCGACAGCCUCGGUCGAUCCCUGAUAUUACGUUUACCAACACAGAUUUCCAUGCACCCGAUCCCGAUCAUGAUGACCCCAUGGUCAUCACCGCAAAUAUAGUUCGGUACGACGUCAGCAAGGUUCUCGUUGACCAGGGCAGUUCGGUCAAUAUCCUAUAUUGGUCCACCUUCAAAAAGAUGGAUCUAUCCGAGGACCUCAUAGCCCCUUUUAACGAACAGAUCGUAGGUUUUUCGGGGGAACGAGUCGAUACCCGGGGGUACCUCGACCUACGGACACGGCUCGGAACAAGUCGGGAGGCACCAGAGCUCAGAGUCUGA